GAAAAUGUCUGCGCCCAUGGGGUGAAAAAAAUUGUUGCAAAUUUCAUACAGUUUUGGUAAUUGCGAAAGAAAUUAUUGCCAGUUUCUGCAAGGAUGUCCUCCACAACAAAGUGUGUGGCUAAUUUGGUAAAUUUCUUUAUCUACAAUGCUGAAUAUGGACCAAAGGAAGGGGAGGAACAUAAAAAGAUACUCUACUACUACCCAUCUGAUACAGAUAUUGACACCAAAAUAAAAGAUGUCGGUUUGUGUGAAGCUAUUGUAAAAUUUACGGAAACAUUUUCAGAAAAACCAUGUCACUCGAUACAUUCUCAGAAAAAAAGACAGCUAUUUUUCUCCCCAGAGAAAGAUUUUUGGAUGAUAAUGACGGUCAGUAUCCCAUUCACGACCAAGGUACGAGAUGGCCAGACAUAUACGGAUUACCACGAGGAGGACAUCCAAGAUUCCAUUUAUAAUCUUGUCCUGGAACAAUCCUACAAAAUGUUUAAGCUAUUCAUGGGACCAUUUACUGGAAUUCUAGAAAAAGGAUCAGUGCAAACUCUAAAACAAAGAUUUGAUCAUUUUUAUUCUCGGUAUCUGUUAACUCUGAAGCUGAAUUGCUGUGAUAUCCUUGAUGUGUUCAAUGGUAUCCACUUCCUCCCAUUAGACAAGAACUCCUAUCUCCAGAUCCAGUGCUUUAUCAACCUCCUUGAAGCAAACUUCAGCCAAGUCAAAUACACAGCAUUUCUUUAUAGUGAUCAGUUGGUGUGGAGUGGUUUGGAGCAAGAAGAUAUGCGAAUCAUGUACAGGUACCUCACCACCAGUCUGUUCCCUUCUUAUUUGGAGCAAGAACUCCAAGGUAGCCAGACACCGCCUGUAUCGUCACGACAGGCUGGAGGAGUUAGUUUACAUUAUGGAAAAUUUAUCACUGGCCCUCCAAAUUUAGUGGACACUGCCAAUUUAGGGAAAGUACCACGCGUGUUCAUCAAAUCAGAUGCAGACAUUGAAGAGUGCCACCUGGUGGUCUAUAGAGCGCUCAGUGCCACCGUCUGCUUGCUGGUGGAUUCAACCUUCCAAUUGACGUUUGACUUCUUCAAAAAGAUCGAUAGUUUCCUUGGACCAAACCUGAGUAGCCUUGCGUCUGAUAUCAGUGAGCAGUAUUCGAAGAGACAAGCCAGUGCGAAUGAAACCCAAUACAAAUACAUCUAUUUCAAUCACAUGAACCUGGCACAGAAGACCACGGUGCAUGCCGAGGGAAGGAAGUCGGCAAAUAUCACAAUACCAAAUGAUACAAUCAAAUUGUUGAACGAUAUCAAUGCUGAUCUCACCAAGAAAGGCGAGGAUGGUGAGACAAUCAUCAAGACGUGUAGCGACUGCUGGGUGGUGGGCAAGAAGUCAGACCAAAGGGAGUUCUAUGUCGUGAUUAAUCAGAGGAAUGCCAAUCUAAUAGAAAUAAAUGAGGAAGUGAAGAAGUUAUGUGCCAACAGCUUCAGUAAUAUAUUCUUCCUGGACUGAAGGACGUUUGUGCCAUUGUUCAUCUUCAGCUGUGAUUCAGCAGCUAAGUAACAUCAAGUCACAACCUGAAGACAAUGUCACAAUCUUGAGACAAUGUCACAAUCUUGAGACAAUGUCACAAUCUUGAGAUCUACACUGAUUGACUGUGGACAGAAAAUCCCUAAAAACUUGGUAGCUUGGCGAGUUCUUCCUUGGAAGUUAUUCAUUCAAAGUGUGUUACCAGCUUCUGCUACUGGUUUGGAGAAGAUUUUUUUUCAAAUAUGAUGAAUUUCUGAUGACAAUUCCUUUCAGUGUACUUUGAAAACAUUUGUUAUACCUGGUAAUUUUGUGCAAUCGUGAAAAAGGUCUGUUGCUGUAAAAUAUGAGCACAGCAGCUGUUAUUUAGAUGGAUACCACCAUCUGCUUUCAUUACUGCAUUGCAGUCCAAAGAUGAACAUCUGUUGUGUGUAAAAUGCUGGAUGUAUAUUUCAUAAUAGCCGAGAAAUUGAAGCCUGCAUCACCUAAAAGUCUGUUACACAUAGGGGUAUAUGUGUCUUCAUGUGAAUUUGUAAAUAAUACUCUGUAAUUAUUGGAAUAAGAUG